AUGGAGGGACAUACAGCAUGUGUCUUUGGUUCAUCUUUGGUUAUAUUUGGUGGAAAGCACAAUAUUUAUUCUAAUCAACAGCCGCGUUAUUCUAACAAAGUGCGAUUGGUGAAUGAUGUUUCUUUGCUUAUUAAUCGUGAUUACAAUUUGCAUCAACUUCAGUUGAUGCCCGCGACACCCUUGCCCUUUGGUCGUGCAUAUCACACAGCUUGCAUAUACAGGGAAAGGUAUAUGGUGGUUAUUGGGGGUAUGAUUGAAGAACCUAAUGAACAGAUGAAUUGCAUGCGUUCUGUCAAUAUUCUUGAUUUAGAGCUUGGGCGAUGGUCCCAUGUAAUUGCAAAAGGUGAUCAACCAAUUAGUCGCAUUCACCAUGCAAGUGUCGUUUUAAAUAAAGAUUUAUAUAUUCAUGGAGGAUAUCCAAUUUUGUUGGAUAAUGAUGGUUCAUCCAAAGAAUUUUCAGCCCAUCAGCUAUUAAGUAUGGGUAACGUACUCUUUGAUACUUUUGUUCUUAGUUUGGAAUCAAUGAUUUGGCGUCGUGUUACAUCAACAGCCUCUGUUAGACCUUUGUUGUGGGGUCAUUCAGGUAUAUUUUUUCGGGAUAAUAUCCUGCUUUUUGGUGGCUUGGAUGUCUCAAAAGGCAAAGAGGUUGGAGAAUUGGCAUUGUGGGAUAUUUAUACGCGGUCAUGGCAAUGGGCUAAUUGCAAUUCUCCUGUUGCAUCAGCGAUGCAUAAAGCUGUGGUGGUUGGAAUGCAUAGUAAAAAAAAUCAGGAACCGACACAUAUGCUUGUUUUUGGAGGCGUUCAAUUUUCGACGCAAGAAAGCGUUUUGGAAUUAAGGGAGUUUGAUUUAGAAAAAGGUCAAUGGAAAAUUCUCCCAGGUAAGGGUGAAAUUCCUGCGGGUAGAAUUGGGCAUGCUCUCGUUUCGUAUAUGAGUGAUUGGUUAAUAUUGGUGGGUGGUGUAAUUAGAUCUUCCAAUGGCCCGGUUCAAGAUAAUGGUUUAUAUAUCUACCAUUUGCGGACGCAAAAAUGGAAAAGAGUAUCACUGAAUGAAGGUGAAAGACCGUUCACCAAGGGGGAAAAGCGCAUUCAUCGUAAGCCAUUUAUUGGAGGUGAUUAUAAGAACAUCAAUUGGAAUCCCGAAGAAUUACAAGUUGGUCGAUCAAAUCAAACUGAGGGCCUCCAUCCGACAAUAGAAAAGUCAAAUACACAAUGGCUUGAAAAAAAAACGGCAAAUCGAAAAAGCGAAAAAAAGGUUAUGCAUCAUUCAAUUCAUGAUGAACAAAACAAAGUCUUUUAUCAAGAAAAUUUGGGAAUUGGAGACUCACAAUCUGACUCAUACGAUUUGCCACCACCACUUCCCUCUGCUGUUUAUACCUUAUCGAGAAUGUAUAAACAAGGGCCAGAUAACGGCUUAGUUUUUGAGGGAAAGAACGAUAAGAAAACGAAGAAAAAUAUGAGUAAUAAAGAAAAAACUCCAAGAGGAUUGAACCCCGUGGAAUUUGUUUCAAAUCUUUCGGAUGAGCAAAUUUUUGAUUCUCUUGGUCGCCUUAUGAAUGUAAGUUUUUUUGGAGGGGAAAAGAAUGAAUCUUUAGAAAACCCCAAAACCAGCUCUGAAAUAAAUUCAUCUUUAUGCGUUUCCCCUCCGCUUCUCCGAAAAUUAAUAAACUCGGCUCUUCCGCGAGAAGUGUCAGAUAAAUUGCCAGAUCACAUUAAGGAUAGUCAACUAUCAGAAGAUCCCUUCACCUAUCUACGGCCAACAAAGACUGUCUUGCGUUGGCGUCAGGGUUUUUUUGGGCCCUGA